AUGACCCCCCACAGCUCACCAACACCAUUAUCCUCUGGACAAAGGGGCACCAGCUACAGCCAACGACCAGCAUCAUUACAUGAUCUACACAGGAGGACAAUAUCAAGAGGUAUCAUUAAUGGAUCGCCACAUGAAAUUUCUGCACAUUCUGGAAGUGGAGGCGCAAAUAUCUCGAGAUCGCGACAGAUUUCCACCGGAGACAGUUCUGAUGAUGAUGAUUUCCCCGAGCCUAUCAAAUUCAGUGCGUCGGUAAAAGCCUUGUUGGGAGAGGAUGCGUCGGGUCUAGACACAUCACCAAGACGAAGUUAUAUAGACGGCAGGAAUGGACAGCGAUUGCGCCAGAAGCAUGUCCGAAUCGCGUCACCCGGCGAGCGCCGGGUCAGUGGUGGUGGGAGAGGAGGAGGAACGUCGCCGUUGAGAAUUGUUCGAGUUGGGUCGGAGGCUCGUCGGUCGCCAAAGGAUGGAUCGGCCGCGCCUUUGAGGGAGAAGACCGGUUAUGAUGAAAUGGAAGGCGGGAAGAUUGAUUUUAUCACACCAGCGCCACGGACCAGGAGCGUUAGGAUUGCAACGGGGUCUACGACGCGUUCACCAUCCGCAUCGAUACCUUCUGCCAAUGGAGUAUCAUCUAGUGAAGUCAGCCGGCAUGAAGAACGGUCUUUUGUGGAGAGGAUACAGGACGAAAAGAGCUAUGUGAGAACUGGGAUGAGUACAAUGCCUCGAGCAAGAGGGGAGGCAGAAACUGGGAUACAAGGUUCUUUACGAGUGAAGAGAGUUGGGAAAUUAUCUGGAUUGUUUCUUAAUGGCCCGGCUAGGCGAGGUGUGUUACGGCGACAAAGUGAAGAGGAAUCGCGCGCCGAGGAAUCUCUUCUUGAUUCCGAAGCAAGAAAUAUGGAUGAAGAAGCACCGGGGUCUGUUCCGAGGGCGAAAGAUUCCGUUCUACUGAAUCAGCGACCUUUCGAGCAACGACAGGAAUCGCCGCGAAUGUUGGAUGAAAAUGUGGUUGACAGCUCGGCGAAGAGAAUACCCCAUUCAAUACCCAUCCGAGAACGAUCUUUUUCACGGACGACAGCAGAAGCCAGGAACCGCUCUCCUCUUUCAUCAGGUCACCAUGUAUCCUCGUCCAGAUCCGAGCAUGAUGACGGCCUCAAGGCCAACAAUGAUGCCAACCCGGUUUACCGUGUUCCUCCGCCCGAAUUACCUUCAAGACACGACCAGGAGAAUGAUCCACCACCGACUUUCAAAAAGGCCAAGCCACACGGCUUUGGGCUGCUAGAUAAAGUCGACAAAGUCUCCGUAUUAUACGAAGAAGAUAAGGGUGUCAGCAAGCCCGCACCAGAAUCGAUGUCUCCUCGAAAGCCACUGGGCCGAAUGAGCAGCAAUACACCUCACCGGCCUGCACCACCACCACCCAAGAUGAGUGUUUUGGAGACAGCAACUGCAGCUCAAUCCCGAAGAAAGCGCACCCAAGUUUCUGUCAAUCGGAAAGUGUAUACACGCUUGGAUUGCAUUGGCCGUGGUGGGAGUGCAAGGGUCUAUCGUGUGAUGGCGGAGAAUUGUAAGAUAUUUGCACUCAAGCGGGUGAGCUUAGAAGAUGUGGACCCGAUCGCCCUAGCCGGCUAUAAAGGGGAGAUUGAGCUCUUGAGAAAACUACAAAACGUCGACCGAGUCGUCCGACUUUAUGAUUGGGAGAUUAACGAAGAAAAGCGGUUGCUCAGUGUGCUUAUGGAAAUCGGUGAAUCGGAUCUUAACCAGAUCCUUCGGUUUAAGCUGAACACGGAAGACGCCGCGUUUGACCCGGUUCUUACUCGUUUCUACUGGAAAGAGAUGCUGGAAUGUGUUCAAGCAGCCCAUGACUUUGACAUUGUGCAUUCUGAUCUCAAGCCCGCCAAUUUCCUUUUGGCUAAAGGUCAGUUGAAACUAAUUGAUUUUGGUAUUGCGAAUGCUAUCCAGGAUCACACGGUGAACGUGCACCGUGAACAUCAGGUAGGAACCCCGAAUUACAUGGCCCCAGAAGCUCUGAUUGAUUGCAACGCUGGCCUUGGCUUAUCCCCAAGUGCUGGGAAAAUGAUGAAGCUGGGCAAACCCAGCGACGUAUGGAGCCUCGGGUGCAUUUUGUACCAAAUGGUUUACGGGAGAGCGCCGUUCGCCCAUAUCAUGAAACCACUGGAACGUAUCAUGGCAAUUCCAAACCCGAAGAUCCAGAUUGACUAUCCUCUACUUGGGGUCGGUAACAUACCCGUACCGCAGGCUUUGCUGCAAACGAUGAAGAGGUGUCUUCAGCGGGACCAAACGUUGCGUCCUACGAUCCACCAACUACUUAGCCGCAAUGACCCUUUCCUAUACCCGGAUACACACCUUGAAGGGACUGUACCAAUAACUCAGGAGAUGCUGGCUAGAAUCUUAGGCAAUGUGGUUAACCAUUGCCGCGCCCGGGGGCCCCCUACAGAGGAAGAGUUGGCCGGUUGGCCAGCCGGGUUCUUCACUAAAAUCAAAUCUGCGAUAGAGGAAGACCGGUGA